CGCCUCGCCUCGCCUCGCACGGGCGGGUGUACGGCCGUCGCCGCCCCCGCCGUCGCCGCCACCGCAUCACGCCCCCGCCGCGCCGCCCUCCGAGCGCGUGGCUCCCUUCCUCCCCUCAGUCCCUGCAUCCCCGCGCGGAGUUCACCUGUCUGUGCGAAGAUGCUGGGCUUCUCGACCGGCCAGCUGCUGGUCAUCCUCGGGGCCUGCUCCGUCAUUAUGAAGCCCAGCGACAUGGUGAAGAUUGCUAGGACGGCCGGGAGGAUGACCGGGAGGGCGGUCGGGCGCCUCAUCGUGGCGCGCCGGCAGCUGGACGAGAUCCUGGGGCAGUCUGCAGCCACCCAGGUUCAUAAGGAGCUUAAAGAUGCGAUGACACAGUUAGACUCAAUUCGUUAUGAAGUUCAGAACUUGUCUAGAUUAACUCCUGGCCAGUUUAACAUGAGACAGCAUAACACUGGCAUGGCUGAAGCAAGGACAUCCGAUGCCUCUGAUGUUUCUGUAAGUAAGCCAGAGGAAUUUCGUCAUGAAAUUCGAAGUAUAAUUCGUGAAGAAAUGGAAAGCUUUCUUAGAACCCGAUCUGAUUCCCCUCAGAACUUCGCAAGUACAACUGAAGGUAGAAAAGUUGAUGUGGCUGACCAUACGUCAGUGAAAUCCAAGGACAUGGAAACAGUUGAUACAGGAUUGACAAAUCUGCACAGCCAAGCAAUGACCUAUGCACGGCUAUCUGAAGCCCCAGGGAUUAAGGCGUGUUCUUCCUUGAGUGGGAACUACAAAGAACAAUUCAAGGAAAGCAAUGGGUUGCUAAAUGUACUGCCAAUAUCAGCUGAAAGUGCUGGAUUACUUCCAAGCCGCUCAGGUGGACCAACAGGCUCAGACCUAGUCCUUGAGGCUGUGCUCGAAGCAGAGGUUGCUGAGAAUGCCAAAUUUUUCGUGUUGCAGCCUCAUGAUCAGUUGCCUAAGGAGUGACACUGACGAUGCACAGCACCAAACUGUUUGGCACUCACGCACUAAGUAAAACUUAGUUGAGAUUGUAGAACAUGGAGUUGUUGACCAGUAUAGAUGGUUCAAUGCUCCAAUGUUAGACUAAACCACAUGGUCUCUGCUUCAGAAACAGGGCAAACAUGACGCCUUCUUGUUCAGCUUAAAGGCUGUCUUGGACGGCUACUGAAGCAUUCAGGCGUUCCGUAGGAUGGCGCAAGUUAUUGUAGAUAUAGUUGUUGUGCCGAAGACAGAUGGAACUGGAUUACUGGAAUGCUUCGUUUUCACUUGCAGCUCUUUUCUGAUGUCAUUGUAGAUAUCAUUGCUUGUCUUAAUACUGUGUUUUGGUAGUAGCGGUUCUUCAUCUUUGAUUGCUUCAGCCGUCGCAUAAUAUUUGGUCUGCAGCAUAUGCCUACGAGGAUUUUAAAGUGGGUUUUUGAUUGCUUGUUUGCUUCACGUUCACUGUUGUGUUAACUGUUGAUGCAUUGUGGUACAGAAGUUGUAAUCGCAAUAACGGCCAAGUAGUUGUACUUGCCUGUUUUUUGACAAUGGAACUAAAUUGUUUGAUACCA